AUGAGGUCAAAAUUCAAGGACGAACAUCCCUUUGGCAAGUUUCAUCUUUUUUAUUUUCAAAAACGCAAGGCUGAAGCUGAAAGAAUUAGACAAAAAUAUCCUGACAGAAUUCCGGUUAUUUGUGAGAAAGUUGAAAAAUCGGAUAUUGCAACAAUCGAUAAAAAGAAAUAUCUUGUCCCCGCUGAUCUCACGGUUGGCCAAUUUGUCUAUGUAAUUCGAAAGCGGAUCAAACUGAGCCCUGAAAAGGCUAUUUUUAUCUUUGUUGAUGAAGUUUUACCACCUACUGCUGCACUAAUGUCGAGUAUUUAUGAUGAACGUAAAGAUGAGGAUGGUUUCUUAUAUAUAACAUAUUCAGGAGAAAAUACUUUUGGCAUCGAAAUGGAGUAG